AAUACUUUUAAAAGGAAACGUUAAGGCACAUAUUACGGAUUGGUUUAAAAGUUUUCAAUCAUUAAAAAAUGCCGGUAUCGAGAGACAAACUGAUGCAGUAUCUAAAAAAUUGACCUCAUCGAAUUCUGCAGAAAUUUUAUUACCAAGAUUACAGCAUAAGGAUUCCCAAAAUCAAAAGACAGAAAGCGUUAUAUCUCGACAUUCUCCAAUCACAUCAUAUCAUCCACCACACCAUUCCAUAUUAAAACCUAAACCUAUAGUAAAUGCUAAUUUUUCGGAUAUUACCAGAUCGUUUAAAGAUCUAGAGAAUGGUCUUUUAGACGUGUUUAAUAACAAUAAACAAUGGGCAAAUUCAGUGCGACUACAAGACUCAGGGUUCUUUAAAAAUUUAGCAAAUGGACAAGAGCCAAAAUUAUUUUGGAUCGGAUGUUCAGAUUCUCGUGUACCGGCAGAAAUUAUCACCAAAUUGGGAUUUGGGGAAAUAUUUGUGCACAGAAAUAUCGCAAAUCAGUUUAAAGAAGAUGAUACUAAUUGUUUGUCUGAAUUAGAAUUUGCAGUGCAUAAUUUAAAAGUUGAACAUAUUAUAGUCUGUGGUCAUACUAAUUGUGGAGGUAUCCAAAAUGCCUGUAAUGACCAUCUUCAUAAAUAUUUAAAAAUUUGGUUAUCUGACAUACGUAAAAUCAAAGAUUCACAACCUGAACUUUUUCCUGAUCAGAUUACUGAAUCAAAAAUGAGCCAAAGUGAAAUAAAACUCAUUCAUAAAAAAUUAGUAGGUGUUAACGUAAUUAAUCAAGUAAAUAAAAUUUCUGAAAAUAUUAUUGUUAAAGAAGCGUGGAAAGAUGAAAAGCGAAAAUUGGCUGUUCAUGGAUGGAUUUUUAAUUUGGAGACUGGACAUUUGGAAGAUUUAGGUGUUACUAGAAAAAAGUGA